UGUCUGCAGUCUCUGGUCAUCCCCUGUACUGUGUCCGCAGUCUCUGGUCAUUCCCUGUACUGUGUCCGCAGUCUCUGGUCAUCCCCUGUACUGUGUCCGCAGUCUCUGGUCAUUCCCUGUACUGUGUCCGCAGUCUCUGGUCAUCCCCUGUACUUUGUCCGCAGUCUCUGGUCAUCCCCUGUACUGUGUCCGCAGUCUCUGGUCAUCCCCUGUACAGUGUCCGCAGUCUCUGGUCAUCCCCUGUACCGUGUCCGCAGUCUCUGGUCAUCCCCUGUACAGUGUCCGCAGUCUCUGGUCAUCCCCUGUACCGUGUCCGCAGUCUCUGGUCAUCCCCUGUACAGUGUCCGCAGUCUCUGGUCAUCCCCUGUACAGUGUCCCGCA